AUGGAGGAGGCUGAUGCUUCGUCGGCGGUGAAGGUGAAAAGGGCAGUGCAGAAGACGUCUGACCCCAUCGUGCUCGGCCUGCCCUGGAAGACCACCGAGCAGGACCUCAAGGAGUAUUUCAGCACCUUCGGGGAGGUCCUCAUGGUCCAGGUAAAAAAAAAGAUAUCAAGACUGGUCACCAAAAGAGGGUUUGACUUUGUGCGGUUCACGGAGUAUGAGACCCAAGUGAAGGUGAUGUCUCAGCGACACAUGAUUGAUGGACGGUGGUUUGACUGCAAACUCCCAAAUUCUAAGCAAAGCCCGGAUGAGCCUCUGAGGAGCAGGAAGGUGUCUGUGCGCCGCUGCACCCAGGACCUCACUGCCGACGAGCUGCGGCAGUUCUUCUGCCAGUACGGGGAGGUGGUCGAUGUGUUCAUCCCCAAGCCCUUGGGGUGGGGGGGGGCGUUUGCUGUCGUCACGUUUGCAGAUUAUCAGGUGGCCCAGUCCCUGUGUGGCGAGGACCUGAUCAUCAAAGGCAUCCUCUGCGUGCAUAUCUGCAACGCGGAGCCCAAGCACAAUAGCAAUAGGCAGUUAGAGAGAAGUGGAAGAUUUGGUGAUAAUCCGGGUGGCUUUGGGAGCCAGGGCGGGUUCGGGAACAGCCGGGGCGGUGAGGCGGGGCUGGGCCACAACCAGGGCAGCAACAUGGGGGGCAAGAUGAACUUCGGCGCCUUCAGCGUCCACCUGGCCAUGAGGGCCACGACCCAGGCCACCCUGCAGAGCAGCUGGGGCAUGAUGGGGAUGCUGGCCAGUCAGCAGAACCAGUCGGGCCCGUCAGGGAACAACCAGAGUCAGGCCAACAUGCAGAGAGAGCCCAACCAGGCCUUCGGCUCUGGGAACAACCAGUACAGCGGCUCCAACUCGGGCGCCGCCAUCGGGUGGGGGUCGGCCUCCAACGCGGGCUCGGGCAGCGGCUUCAAUGCAUGGACUUCAGCUCCAGCAUGGACUCGAAGUCGUCGGGCUGGGGCAUGUAGGCUGGGCUGGUCAGUUAGACGCUAA